AUGCAACAAGACCCCUCUUUCCAAGUACCAAAGGCUAAUCGGAGAGUCGACCGGUGCAGUGGCGUCACCACCGGCCUUGGCAAAGGAAACCGGAGGGGCCGCCAGGGCUCAGAAAGCUCGUCUUCGAGCAACGACCCCAUCGACAAUCUAGUGGACCUUGACACUAUGGCUAAUGGAGGUCAGCUGAUUGGACCCGCCGCCGCUCGUGAACUGGACAAGCGAAAUGAUAAAGACAAGGAGGUGAAGAAGAAUGAUAACGGCAGCCUAAAUAUCAAGAUCCACUUGGAUCUGCAUGCCAAGGUGAAGCUAGAUUUGGAGGCUGACUUGUAUGGAGAUAUCGUGAUUGGGCUAUUGUGA